UACUCAUUACUUUGUUUUCUUUUUUUUAUUGUGCGGUGCGAAAAUUUGUUGUUUACCUGGCAAGUAAAUUAAGGUUAUGCGGAAAAUUGUCAAAAUAAAAAGUUUUUAAGUCGCAACCAAAUCUUCUUGACUCCGAAGCAAUAUAGUAGCAAUUGGAACAAUUAAUAACAAGUGACCACCGAAACAAAAUGAGCUUCCCACUGACUAAUCCCAACAAAGAGACUAUACGGGCGGCCUGCAAAAAAUGUGGAUAUGCAGGACAUCUGACUUAUCAAUGCCGCAACUUUUUGAAAGUUGAUCCAAAUAAAGAAAUUGUACUUGAUGUUUCAAGCACCAGCUCGGAUUCGGAACUGGAUUAUCUCACACCCUUGACUGAACUACGUAUGAAAGAAUUGAAAGAAAAGGAAGCUGAACUGCUGAAAGCAAAAAAUGAGAAAAAACAUAAAAAAUCGAAAUCAAAGAAAUCUAAAAAAUCGACUUCCUCGAAGAAACGUAAAAAGAGCAAGAGAAGCGGAAAAAGUAAGAAACAUAAAAAACACAAGGAAAGCUCAUCAUCGAGUGACAGCAGUGAUACUAGCAGCAGUUCAGAUUCCAGCAGCGAAGAGUCAGAAACUGAGUCGGAUUCAAGUGACAAUGAGGAGUCACCGACAAGCAGUGAUGAUGAGUACGGCCGCAAGAAAAAGAAACAAGGCAAGUACAAACGCAAAGCCGAAUCGCAAGCUAUGCGACCCAAGAAAACGCGUGUGAAGCGCAAAAGACAUCGAGCUUCAGCACGACCUUCCAGCAGUGAAGAGGACGAAACAAGCUCCGAUUAAAAAAGGUUGUGUUUAAAGUGAGAUUGCAAUUAGUUGCUUUAGCUGGUAUACAUAAAUGGAGCCGGCGGUUUACAAAUACAUAUAAAGUACAUACUAGCUUACCUAUAUAGUUUUUAAAGUUGAAUUCCGUUUAAUAAUUUGAAAAGUAAACUUUAUAUAUGUAUGUAUUACUGUGCUAAUUUAAGCAUAAUCUCACACGCUGUAACUAUACUUAAAUUUAGCUAAUAGAGCUACCACUGCCCACUACUAGUAAUAGUUAAAUAUUACAUUGAAGUUUAUUUAAAAAUAUGACUAGUAAACUUAUUUUGACUAAAGUGGAAUGUAUACGAAUAAUGCUCAUACAUACGUAUACUCAUCCAUAUAUAAAUAUGAAUAAUUAUAUGUAUGAUUAGUUAAAUUAUAUUACUCAGUGAAAAUCAUAAUAGCUUAAUUUCAUUACAAAACAGCAUACUACACAUGUAUAUCAUUGAUUGUUGAACCUCUGUAAAGCCUUAACGUGUAAAUACUAGAGAGGAAGCAGGAAAAGGGAACAUUCAGUUUAUAAUAUAGUUAAUCAAUGAGUUGUUCAUAGAAAUGACCGAAAACAGAACAAAUAUACGUAUAUACAAAAUAAUAAAGCCACAAAAAUUA